AUGAUCCCGGCUUGCGAAUUUUCUGCUGCAAACUCUUUAAAGAAAAUUGAUAUUCAUGCUCAUGUUUUGCCAAAAAACAUUCCUGAUUUUGAAAAAGAAUUCGGUUAUGGAGGUUUCGUCAAGUUGGACCAUAGAGAAGAUGGGACCACGCAAAUGAUUAAAGACGGAAAACUGUUCCGAGUUGUGGAGAAAAACUGCUUUGAUACCUUGAAACGUAUAGAGGAUAUGGAUAAGGCUCAUUGUAACGUUCAAUGCUUGAGUACUGUUCCAGUUAUGUUUAGCUACUGGGCAAAACCGGAGGAUACGGAAAUAGUCUCUAGAUUUGUUAAUGAUGAUAUUAUCGCUCAAUGUCAAGUCGCUCCAGAUAGGCUUAUACCAUUAGGAACCCUGCCCAUGAAUGAUACUCAGCGAGCCAUUCAAGUUAGUUUGACUUUCUAG